CCAAGAUGGCGGAAGGCUACGGCGCAAAAUGAGCUCAGUUCAGUGUAUUUAGUGGAAAUUCUGCGUUAUUCUUUGCGUUAUAAACUUCUACUUUCUUGGCGUUUGGAUUCCAGGCUUUAUAAGGAACCGUGCAAAUAUCUCCAGCUGUUCUGAGCGGAAGUUGAAAGUUAGCUAACUAGCCUGCUGUCCGCCCACAGAACUUGUGCUGCAGUCGGCAAAAAUAACAUAAUCCUCAUCAGUCCGGUUACUGUGACGGUUUAUCGCGCUUAAUCAUCUCAGCGCUGUCGCUCACGUCUGGGGUUCUUUUUCGUCAGGAUAUAAGGAUUAAACAGCGUUAUUAUGGACUCGGUCGAGGUGUAAACAAUACAGCUCGGUUGCUAGCAGGGCGACUCACACAGACCCCCUAAGAGACGCAUCUUCUAGGAGUUGUUACUAAACUAGCUUAGCUAUAGGAGCCGAGUUCUCUGUAUCGAAGUCUGGACUUUGUUAGACACUUUUUUAUUUGGUUCCUGUGUGUUAUGGUAAACCCGUUAAGCUGAUUGAACCACGCUGGUGGUCGUGUCCACUUGGAGUUUUUCAUUUUUACUUUUGGCCGAGAGAUUUGUUUUGUAAACAGAAGCCAUGGCUCGUCCUUCUCCGGUACAGAGAGCACUCCCAGGCAUACAGAAUAUUAAAACUGACCCAGAAGAGCUGUACACUAAGCUGGAGAAGAUCGGUAAAGGCUCAUUUGGAGAGGUGUUUAAAGGGAUAGACAAUCGUACCCAGAAGGUCGUGGCCAUUAAGAUCAUCGACCUGGAGGAAGCAGAAGAUGAGAUUGAGGACAUUCAGCAGGAGAUCACAGUGCUAAGCCAAUGUGACAGCCCCUUUGUUACAAAGUAUUAUGGAUCAUAUCUGAAGAGCACAAAGUUAUGGAUCAUAAUGGAGUAUUUAGGAGGAGGUUCAGCAUUAGAUUUGCUGGAGCCUGGGCCAUUGGAUGAGUCCCAGAUUGCUACUAUACUGAGAGAAAUUCUCAAGGGCCUCGAGUACUUGCAUUCUGAAAAGAAAAUUCAUAGAGACAUUAAAGCUGCUAAUGUGCUGCUGUCAGAGCAGGGUGAUGUGAAGCUGGCUGACUUUGGUGUGGCAGGCCAGCUUACGGACACUCAGAUCAAGAGGAACACGUUUGUGGGCACUCCGUUCUGGAUGGCACCCGAGGUCAUAAAACAGUCAGCUUACGAUUCAAAGGCAGAUAUCUGGUCGUUGGGUAUAACUGCGAUAGAGUUGGCCAAGGGAGAGCCGCCCCACUCUGAACUGCACCCCAUGAAGGUUUUAUUCCUCAUCCCAAAGAACAACCCGCCAACUCUGGAGGGGAAUUACAGCAAACCACUAAAAGAGUUUAUAGAAGCUUGCCUCAACAAGGAGCCAAGCUUUAGGCCUUCAGCCAAAGAGCUGCUGAAACAUAAGCUUAUUGUACGAUACGCUAAAAAGACCUCGUACCUCACAGAGCUCAUUGACCGGUACAAGAGGUGGAAGUCUGAGCAGAGUCGAGAGGAUUCCAACUCCGACGAAUCUGACUCGGAACAGGAUGGACAGGCCUCAGGUGGGAACGACUCUGGAAAUGAUGAGUGGAUCUUUACCAUGAGAGAGAAGGACCCCAAAAAAAUUCAAAAUGGAAUCAUGCAGUUUUCAGACCACAGCGAGGUACAGAGCAGUGUGCAAAGGCCUUUGUCCCAGAGCUUGUCCACUAUUAUAUCUCCAUUGUUUGCAGAACUGAAGCAGAAGGGUGAAGCGAGCAAUGGAAAGCCAGAGGCAGUAGAGGAGCUGAGGGAGGCCAUAUUCCUGGCAGAAGAGGCUUGCCCUGGCAUCUCAGACUCCAUGGUCACAGAACUAGUACAGAGACUGCAGAGGUUUGCGCUUCCCCGGGCCUCAUCUCACUGACUGCUUGCUGUGGAUUCUCCUCCUCCUCCUCUCUUUGCCUCCUAGUGCAGCCUCUCACACACACACACACAUCUCACUCAGCCUGUACCUGGCAAACCAUUUUUUAUUUUUUAUUUUAUUUUAUUGUUUUAAAUAAAACAUAUCAGGUGAAUGGGUAGUGUUGUAGUGAGGCCUGGCUGGGCUCAGACUCUGACUCCGAUUCAGACACACCCCUUCUGAGAGCAGUGAACCUUAUAUAGCACACAGCACAUAGGGGCAGAGCAGCAGGUGGUUGCACCAGCCAUGUGCAGGUUCUUUCCAAACUGCAUGUGUAAAGCCAUUUGAAUCGUAAUGACACAAUUUUAUUCUUAACCGUCGAGCGAGUGCAGAUUCAGUUAAAACAAUCAGCUAAAAACUAAAUCAGCCAUUAUGUCAAUUACACUGAUUCAUUAAUCCCUUUUACCUUCUUGCUAAAGGAGAUGGCUAGUUAACAUUUCACUAGAGAAUGUAAUUCAGAACUUAGAUGUAAUGCAAGGAUUGAUUGUUGUAUGUUAGGUGUACAUGAGUCUUAGUAUUAUUUUUGUAUUGUUUAUUUCUUUUGUUGCUGGUUAUCACUCAGUCAGUUUUAGGCAAUAACCUGUUUUAUACUUGUCCCUUCACUAGUGUAGGUAUUACACUAUGGUGCAUUUAAUAUAAGCUGUGCAAAGUAAUUAGUCAGUUUCAUUAGAACUUGGGAUAGCUGGUGCAAACCAGUCACUGAAUGUGUAGUAUGUGAGAUCUUUCAGAGAUGUGCGUGUGUGUGUGUGUGUGAGUGAGUGAAUAAAUGAGUGCUGUAGGGUUCCAGCAGUGAAGUUGUGAUGAUCCUUUUUUAAUUUUUAAAAAAAAAAAAAAUUUAAACUCAGGUAUCCUGCUCUCAGUAACCGGAGUCUUCUGAGAGGCAGACUGAGCAUGCUCAGCUGGGUGUGUAAAUGUGUGUGUACAUAGGCUUACAAACGUCACAGAGGUAUGCUAAUGAAAACACUGUGUUAAAAAUGGCCAACUGCUCCUGUAGAUACUCUGAAGAUAUAUAUGUAAACUGGUCAUCACUGAGAUUGCCUUGUCUUUUAAUUUGCAUUUUUUAAAAGUAAUUUGAUUAAAAUUGAACGCUGCCAUUCAACCCAUUAACAAACCAUUUUUGUUCUUCUCUACCGUUGCAGUGCCAUUCAUACGCUCCUAUUGUUUCCAUCUGUUAUCACUUCUUAAGUCCAACACUUAAAAAAUAUGUUUAUAAAAGAUCCAAUCCCAUUCAAUUUUGAUCAUUUCUGUCAUGGGGAAAAAAUCUGUAUGCUAUGAUUUUUCCCCCCUCCUUUCUCCAGAAAAUGUCAUCAAACUCUGGUCCUUUUGAUUUGCUGUAAAUGUAUAUGCCGCUAAAUCCUCAUGUCUUCCUGGAAACUGAAAUGGUACAGUGCGUACCAACUGCUUGAAUUGCACUUAGAUGACUGCCUUCUUAUGAUACGUGAAUUAGCCAUAAGACAUAAGCAUGAGACUUGUACAGUGCAUUUCACCUCUAUACAUAUAGGACUGCUGAUGUGAGGCACCAUCUAUGAUGUCCCUGAAGCCUAGUGUGUUAACACACACCUCACUUUGGUGCAUUUUAUAUCUGUUCAUUGCUCACGUACAUAUAGUGUCCGUAGUGAAAAGCUAGCAUUAACAAACGUGCUGUAGUAGAACUGCACUUGAGCUAACCUUCAAUCUUGUUUUAUCUUGUUAACUGGCCAAUGAUGCGUUUGUUCACCAGUUUUUAAAACGUUAAUCCAGUGAUUAUAAAGCUGUAGCUUCACAAUAACAUGAGAGUCUCGAGUGUAAAGCUAUUCUAGAUAAAUCUUUUUUCUCCUUGUUUGGGGACAUGGAUGCUAUCACAAGCAUGAUGCAGGUGCAUGUGUAUAGCAAGUGUUUCAGAUCCCGAAAUCCUUAAUGCUAACAUUGUCAAAAUUUGGAUUUUAGUGCUGAGUUAUAAAAACAGUUUGGGAAAUGUCAUGUUGUGAAAAUUCUAACAAAUUCUUCAGAGUAGAGCGUGUCUUACACUAGACUGUAAUGUCUGUUGGAGUAAGUUGGACACUGGGAUUUAGAAAACCAAUGGAGAACAAGAUAAUGACGCUGAUCAUGAAACCACUACAAGCAAAUUCAGAGUACCAUGAGGACCGAUGUUCGUUUCAUGUACUCAGGUGCAACGUAACUUUGGCUAGUUAUCAUAAAAUUGUAAUACACUUAUAGUACGUCAUAAAUACCGUGCCAGUGUAGAGUUGAUCUUAAAGAUCUCAAGACUAGUUUGGAAUUUUAUGUUUCAAAAUAAAAACAAAAUUUGUGUUCUUUAAAUAAGACUGGUUAAUGAUUACAUGCUGAAAGAAACAAGUACUGAAAGAAACUGAAUUUUCUGCACGUGAAGCUGUUCAAAUCGCUGCUGGUUUAAAGUGUUUUGGAUCCAAAACCCAUACAUGGGAUUUUAAUCGAGGCAGAAAUUUGCACUCGCAUUUCAACUGUCCUGUUGCACAGCCUGUUUACCACAAAGUGCUUCCCCCUCCCUUUAUUGCACCCUUUUAGUUUUUUUUUUUCCCCCCCUUACUAUUGAUAUUUGCACCUUUUCCACUUAAGAGUCUGAAUGUGUCACUGUGUGUAAGCCGUCAUUUUAACGAGAUCGCGGUUUGUCUUGUUUAUCUUCGCGACUGAACUUUCUUGAGUAUGGCAAUAAAUUAGGCUGUCAGGUUUCUUAGCACAGAUAUAUUCUAUGGACCAGAAUUCAAUAUUUUUAUAAGUGUAAAGUGCAGUAUUAUCUUGAAUGAAUUACACCAUGCUAUCUAACUGAUUUUCAAUGUAAUUUUCUGAGUAAGAAUCUUGUAACAUUGCUGAGUGUAUAGUCUUGUACAUAAUUCUUGCUUUUGUCAUCAAAUACCAAGGUACUGAAUUCCUUGCAAGCUUACAAGUGAUUUUAAGAAAAAUAAAACAAGGAUAGUUUGA